UCACUUUUUCAAGUUAAAAUGGCGCCUUCUUCUACAGACCAUCCGACACGCAGAACUCCAGAUCAUCUCAGGUUCUACUGGUAGCACGUUGAAGUGAACUCUCAUAUGCUGUUCACUCGGUUUUGCUAUGAUCUUCAUCAGGUAUUCGAGGCAUGUCCACCACCUUCUUCCUCUUCUUCCACUUUCAUAUCUUCACCCCUGCUGAUUUGUGACGUGUGCGCGUGACCCAUCCGUCCCACCCAUCCGACACAAACCACGCAAAUGAAAGAUAGACAGUCACUUGAAGCGAUAGCUAUGCGCCGAAUCAUACGCGCAUCUGAUCUGCACUAUUUAGGGACGACACUUGAUCUCCUUAAAUCUUGUUACUUUCACAGCUGCGCUCGUUACCGCCCAAGAACAAAGAGAUCCGGUCAGGAGAUCAGUUGUUAUUUGUGCGUCCCGGCCCGCCAACCAGACAAUGUCCCUUCGACCUUGAUAAUCAUUCCACCCACCGCAAACUUGAACACUAAUCUCAGACCAUUGCCUCUCAACGAAACACAUUUCCUUUCUCCACGAUGCACUCCAUGGACCAGGGCCAUGGUCAGUUCUGGUCGGAGCUACUUCGUCGAAUCACCAUUUUCAGCCACUCAAUACCCUCAAGCGUGUCUUAGCCUCUCAGAGAAGUUUGACAGCGUGCAGAGUCUUGCAAGCGCUGGGGCGAAGUUGGUGUUCAUUCAAUAGUGGUGUCGAACAUUGUCAAAUGAGAAUUUCAACAUGGCAAGCUCUGCACCAACACGCUGAGAAAACCUCUAUUUCUUCCCAACCUCGAGGCAGCAAAUCUGACCUCGGCGAGUUAUUCUAAUGCACGUCUUGCUGCUUCUUCCGGUCCGUACUAACACCUAUCUUG